ACACCGGUCACACUGAAAGCGGCAUAUUUCACGAUUUUCGGAAAAAACAACUAAAAUAGGUUAAUUAGACUUAAAUUAAGCAAUAAAAACCUAAGUGAAACGAUAAACAGUCAUGGCGGAUGCCGCUGCACGUCAAUUGCAGUACGAGUACAAGGCGAACUCUAAUCUUGUGCUGCAAGCCGAUGUACGACUCAUCGAGCGUCCACGUCGGGAUGAGGCCACUGGCGAAGUGUGCUCCCUGGUGGGAAAGUUGGAUGGCACGCGGAUGGGUGACCGGUACCAACGCACCAAGCCGGAAAAGACAGAGGAGCGGAAGGUGAAACGGCAGAAGCGUGACGAGGCCCAGUACGAUUUCGAGCGCAUGAAGGGUGCCACUCUGCUGUCCGAGGGCAUUGACGAGAUGGUCGGCAUUGUGUACCGCCCAAAGACCCAGGAGACGCGUCAGACCUACGAGGUGCUGCUGAGCUUCAUCCAGGAGGCCUUGGGCGAUCAGCCCAGGGACAUCCUGUGUGGUGCGGCCGAUGAGAUCUUGGCUGUGCUGAAGAAUGAUCGGUUAAAGGAUCGCGAGCGCAAGCGGGAAACGGACAGCCUGCUGGGCGCUGUGACAGACGAAAGAUUCGCGUUGCUGGUGAAUCUGGGCAAGAAGAUCACAGACUUUGGCAGCGAUGCCAUUAACGCCCUGACAGCCACCACCAACACUGAGGAGCAGAUUGACGAGCAGUACGGCAUCAAUGUGCAGUUCGAGGAGUCCGAGGAGGAGAGCGACAACGACAUGUACGGCGAGAUACGCGACGAUGAUGUGCCCGAUGAGGGCGAGGAGGCGCGCAUUGAUCACACCCUGCACGCAGAAAAUCUGGCCAAUGAGGAGGCUGCCAGCAAUGUGAAGAAAGAUCGCAUUCUGCAUCCGCUGGACAUCGAUGCCUACUGGCUGCAGCGUUGCCUGAGCAAGUUCUACAAGGAUGCCAUGGUGUCGCAGAGCAAGGCGGCGGAUGUGCUCAAGAUUCUUAAGGAUGCCGCCGAUGAGCGUGACUGCGAGAACCAGUUGGUGCUGCUGCUGGGCUACGAUUGCUUUGACUUCAUCAAGCAGCUGAAGCUGAACCGUCAGAUGAUCCUCUACUGCACCAUGCUGGCCUCGGCCCAGACGGACAGCGAGCGGCAGCGAAUACGCGAAAAGAUGCGCGGCAACACGGCACUUGCGAAGAUCCUGCGUCAGCUGGACACGGGUAAGUCGGAGGAGCAGGAGGAGGGCGAGACGCGUGCCGGUAAGCGUGGCAAGGGCGACGCGGAAGAUGGUGGCCCAGCGGCGGCCGGUCAAGUGGCUGGCGUGCGGCAACUGCUGGAGCUGGAUGAGCUGGCCUUCACCCAUGGCUCCCAUUUCAUGGCGAAUAAACGCUGCCAGCUGCCCGACGGCUCCUACAGGAAGCAGCGCAAGGGCUACGAGGAAGUGCAUGUGCCGGCCCUCAAGGCUGUGCCCUUCGACGACAACGAGGAGCUGCAGCCCAUCGACAAGCUGCCCAAGUACUGUCAGCCCGUCUUCGAGGGCUUCAAGACGCUGAAUCGUAUCCAGAGUCGCCUGUACAAGGCCGCCCUGGACAGCGACGAGAAUAUGCUGCUGUGCGCCCCCACCGGAGCGGGUAAGACGAAUGUGGCGCUGCUCACAAUGAUGCGGGAGAUCGGCAAGCACAUCAACGAGGAUGGCACCAUCAACACGCAGGACUUUAAGAUCAUUUACGUGGCGCCAAUGAAGUCGCUGGUGCAGGAAAUGGUCGGAAACUUUGGACGACGUCUCGCGUGCUACAAUCUGGUCGUGUCCGAGCUGACGGGCGACCAUCAGCUGACCAGAGAGCAGAUAGCCGCCACCCAGGUGAUUGUUUGCACGCCAGAGAAGUGGGACAUCAUCACCCGGAAGGGGGGAGAGCGAACGUUUGUGAGUCUCGUGCGACUGGUCAUCAUCGAUGAGAUUCAUUUGCUGCACGAUGAGCGUGGUCCGGUGCUGGAGGCAUUGGUGGCCCGUACAAUUCGGAACAUUGAGACAACACAGGAGGAUGUGCGACUGGUGGGACUAUCCGCCACGCUGCCCAACUACCAGGAUGUGGCCACGUUCCUGCGCGUGAAGCCCGACAAGGGUCUCUUCUACUUCGACAACAGCUACCGGCCCGUGUCCCUCGAGCAGCAGUACAUUGGUGUGACGGAGAAGAAGGCGCUGAAGCGCUUCCAGGUGAUGAACGAGAUCGUCUACGAGAAGACGAUGGAGCAUGCGGGACGGAAUCAAGUCUUGGUCUUUGUCCACUCCCGCAAGGAGACGGGCAAGACGGCACGAGCGGUGAGGGACAUGUGCCUGGAGCAGGACACCCUCGGCAGCUUCCUCCGCGAGGGUUCGGCCAGCAUGGAGGUGCUACGCACGGAGGCCGAGCAGGUGAAGAACUCGGAGCUGAAGGAGCUGCUGCCCUACGGCUUUGCCAUCCAUCAUGCCGGUAUGACGCGCGUUGAUCGUACCCUGGUGGAGGAUCUCUUUGCGGAUCGGCACAUCCAGGUGCUGGUCUCCACGGCCACACUGGCCUGGGGUGUGAAUCUGCCUGCCCACACGGUCAUCAUCAAGGGAACGCAAGUAUACAACCCCGAAAAGGGACGCUGGGUGGAACUGAGCGCAUUGGAUGUGCUCCAGAUGUUGGGUCGUGCCGGCAGACCGCAGUACGACACCAAGGGCGAGGGCAUCCUCAUAACGAACCACAGUGAGCUGCAGUUUUACCUGUCGCUGCUCAACCAGCAGCUGCCCAUAGAGUCGCAGUUCAUCUCGAAGCUGCCGGACAUGCUCAACGCAGAGAUUGUGCUGGGCACAGUGCAGCAUCUGCAGGAUGCCGUCAACUGGCUGGGCUACACGUACCUGUACAUCCGCAUGCUGCGUAAUCCCACUCUCUAUGGCGUCUCGCACGAUGCCAUCAAGGCGGAUCCACUGCUGGAGCAGCAUCGAGCGGAUCUGCUGCACACGGCCGCCUGUUGCCUGGAGCGCAGCGGUCUUGUCAAGUACGAGCGCAAGACGGGACACUUCCAAGUCACGGAUCUCGCACGCAUUGCAUCCCACUAUUAUCUGACGCACGAGACGAUGCUCACGUACAACCAGCUGCUGAAGCAGACACUCAGCGAGAUUGAACUGUUCCGCGUGUUCUCGCUCUCCUCGGAGUUCCGUCACAUUUCGGUGCGCGAGGAGGAGAAGUUGGAGCUGCAGAAGCUGAUGGAACGCGUGCCCAUACCCAUCAAGGAGUCCAUCGAGGAACACAGCGCCAAGGUGAAUGUUUUGCUGCAGGCGUACAUCUCCCAACUGAAGCUGGAGGGCUUUGCCCUGAUGUCGGACAUGGUCUUCAUCACCCAAUCGGCUGCUCGUCUCAUGCGUGCCAUCUUCGAGAUUGUCCUCACGCGUGGCUGGGCCCAGUUGGCGGACAAAACGUUGACGCUGUGCAAGAUGAUUGACCGGAGGAUGUGGCAAUCGAUGACACCGCUGCGCCAGUUCAAGAAGAUGCCCGACGAAAUAGCCAAGAAGCUGGAGAAGAAGCACUUCCCCUGGUCCCGGCUGUACGACCUGGAGCCCCACGAGCUGGGAGAACUGAUACGCGUGCCAAAGCUGGGCAAGACCAUACACAAGUUUGUGCAUCAAUUCCCCAAGCUGGAGCUCUCCACGCACAUUCAGCCCAUUACUCGUGGCACUCUCCGCGUAGAGCUGACCAUCACCCCAGACUUCCAGUGGGACGAGAAGGUGCACGGCGCCUCGGAGGGCUUCUGGGUGCUCAUCGAGGACGUUGACUCGGAGCUGAUCCUGCACCACGAAUUCUUCUUGUUGAAGCAAAAGUACGCACAGGAUGAGCAUCAGCUGAAGUUCUUUGUGCCCGUGUUUGAGCCCCUGCCACCGCAGUACUUCCUUCGCAUCGUCUCCGAUCGCUGGAUUGGUGCCGAGACACAGCUGCCCGUCUCGUUCCGCCACUUGAUCCUGCCAGAGAAGAACCUACCGCCCACGGAGCUGUUGGAUUUGCAACCGCUGCCCAUCAGUGCGCUGCGUCAGCCGAAGUUCGAGUCGUUCUACGCGCAGCGCUUCCCACAGUUCAACCCAAUCCAGACGCAGGUCUUCAAUGCCGUCUACAACAGCGACGAGAAUGUAUUUGUGGGUGCCCCAACGGGCUCUGGCAAGAUGACAAUCGCAGAGUUUGCCAUCAUGCGACUGUUCACCACACAGACGGAGGCACGCUGCGUCUACCUGGUGUCCGAGGAGGCGCUCGCUGAUCUGGUCUUUGCCGACUGGCACCUCAAGUUCGGGGCACUGGACAUCAAGGUGGUGAAGCUGACGGGCGAAACAGGAACGGAUCUAAAGCUGAUUGCCAAGGGACAGUUGGUGAUUACGACGGCGGACAAGUGGGAUGUGCUGUCGCGUCGCUGGAAGCAGCGGAAGAAUGUCCAGUUGGUGAAUCUGUUCAUUGUCGACGAGCUGCAGCUGGUGGGCGGCGAAGAGGGACCCGUGCUGGAGAUCGUGUGCUCCAGGAUGCGUUACAUAAGCUCGCAGAUCGAGAAGCAGAUCCGAAUUGUGGCCCUGUCCGCCUCGCUGACCGAUGCCCGGGACGUGGCCCAGUGGCUGGGCUGCAAUCCGAAUGCCACCUUCAAUUUCCAUCCCAGCGUGCGGCCCAUUCCGCUGGAGCUGCACAUCCAGGGCUUCAAUGUGACGCACAAUGCCACGAGAAUCGCGACCAUGUCGAAGCCUGUGUACAAUGCCAUCCUCAAGUACAGUGCCCACAAGCCGGUGAUUGUGUUUGUCUCCUCCAGGAAGCAGGCGCGUCUUACGGCCAUCGACAUACUGACGUAUGCUGCCUCCGAUCUGCAACCGAAUCGUUUCUUCCACGCCGAGGAGGAGGACAUCAAACCCUUCCUGGAGCGCAUGACGGACAAGACGCUGAAGGAGACCCUGGCCCAGGGUGUGGCCUACCUGCACGAGGGCCUGUCUUCUUCGGAUCAUCGUCUGGUGGAGCAACUCUUCGACUCAGGCGCCGUGCAGCUGGCCGUCGUCUCGCGUGAUCUCUGCUGGGGCAUGAGCAUCUCCGCACAUCUUAUCAUCAUCAUGGACACGCAGUUCUACAAUGGCAAGAAUCACUCGUACGAGGACUACCCCAUCACGGAUGUGCUGCAGAUGGUGGGUCGCGCCAAUCGGCCCAACGAGGAUGCAGACGCCAAGUGUGUGCUCAUGUGUCAGAGCAGCAAGAAGGAUUUCUUCAAGAAGUUCAUCAACGAGCCGCUGCCCAUCGAGAGUCAUCUGGAUCAUCGCAUGCACGACCACUUCAAUGCCGAGGUGGUGACCAAAACGAUUGAGAACAAACAGGAUGCCGUGGAUUACCUCACCUGGACAUUCCUCUACAGGCGACUCACGCAGAAUCCCAACUACUACAACCUUCAGGGUGUCACACAUCGCCAUCUGUCCGAUCAUCUGUCGGAGUUGGUGGAGAAUACGCUCAGCGAUUUGGAGCAAUCCAAGUGCAUCAGCGUGGAGGAUGAUAUGGAUACCCUGCCGCUCAAUCUGGGCAUGAUUGCGGCCUAUUAUUACAUCAACUAUACGACAAUUGAACUCUUCAGUUUGUCGCUGAACAGCAAGACUAAGGUGCGUGGCCUGCUGGAGAUCAUCUCAUCGGCAGCGGAGUACGAGGAUGUGGUGGUCAGGCAUCACGAAGAGCAGGUUCUGCGUACCCUCUCCCAGCGACUGCCCAACAAGCUGACCGGUCCCAAUGAGACGGCACCCAAAUUCAAUGAUCCGCAUAUCAAGACUAAUUUGCUGCUCCAGGCACAUCUUUCCCGACUGCAGCUGGGACCCGAACUGCAGGGCGAUACGGAACAGAUCCUGAGCCGUGCGAUUCGUCUGAUACAGGCCUGUGUGGAUGUUUUGAGCUCAAACGGUUGGCUGUCGCCUGCUGUGGCUGCCAUGGAACUGGCACAGAUGGUCACCCAGGCCAUGUGGACCAAGGAUUCGUAUUUGCGGCAAUUGCCGUACUUCAGUGCAGAUAUUGUCAAGAGAUGCACUGAAAAGAAAAUCGAAACCGUCUUCGACAUCAUGGAGCUGGAGGAUGAGGAUCGUACGCGUCUGCUGCAGCUCUCCGACACACAGAUGGCCGAUGUGGCACGAUUCUGCAAUCGUUAUCCCAACAUUGAGCUCAACUAUGAAGUGGUCGACAAGGAUCGCAUCAAUUCGGGAUCCACCAUCAAUGUGGUGGUUCAGCUGGAGCGCGAAGAUGAGGUCACUGGACCCGUCAUUGCGCCCUUCUUCCCACAGAAGCGCGAAGAGGGCUGGUGGGUUGUUAUUGGUGAUCCAAAGACCAAUUCGCUGCUCUCCAUCAAACGCCUCACGCUCCAGCAGAAGGCCAAGGUCAAGCUGGACUUUGUGGCCCCCAGUCCGGGCAAGCACGACUAUACCCUGUACUACAUGAGCGACUCCUACUUGGGCUGCGAUCAGGAGUACACGUUCUCCAUCGAGGUGGGCGACUUCCAAUCGGAGAGUGAGAGCGAGUCGGAUUAGGGCGCAGGUUAAGUUAUGCUUAAGGAAAAAUAUCGAUGCACCAUAAAUACAAUAAUAUGUAACCAUUUUGUCAAUCAA